AUGGGACAUAAGGGAACAGAAAGUGCAAUAGAUAAUGCUGCUGAAAAUGGACACCUUGAAGUAAUUAAAUAUUUACAUGAAUUAGGGUAUAAAGGUACAGAAUGGGCAUUUAAUUAUGUUGCGAAAAAUGGAGAUUUAGAUAGUGUUAAAUAUUUACAUGAAUUAGGGUAUGAAUGUACAGAAUGGACAAUUCAUUGUGUUGCAAAAAAUGGACACCUUGAAAUAUUAAAAUACUUGCAUGAAUUAGGGUAUAAAGGUACAGGAUUUACAUUUGAUUCUGCUGUUGAAAGUGGAAAUCUUGAAAUUAUUAAAUAUUUACAUGAAUUAGGGUAUAAAGGUACAGAAAUAGCAUUUAAUUGUGCAGUAAGUAACCAGAUUUCACAUGAAUUAGGGCAUAAAGGUACAGAUAGUUACCUUGAAGUAAUUAAAUAUUUACAUGAAUUAGGGUAUAAAGGUUCAGAAUGGGCAUUUAAUUUAGCUGUGAGAAAUAAAUAUAUUAAUACUUUUGAUACACGUAGUGACUAA